ACGUCAUUGGGGUCUUGUGACGUUGUGUUCAGUACCGUGUCUCAUUUUGGGAACUCUAACAUGGUAAAAUAACGGAUCACGUGGAACCCGUCAAAAACUGGGAUUACUCUUUAAAUUGUAAUUCCCAGGGAUGUAGUGUCGUUUAGCAGACUAGACAGAGACAGCCCGGAGACAUCUCGGGGCUGCGGAGCACUUCCGGUACCUGGGGUUAGCUGGUGUUAGCUGACCGGCUAAGCUAAUAACUUCAACAAGGCACUGCAGCCGUCUCUUCUGUUUUUUCACCCUAUUAGUUUGCUGGUGACCAAGGGCUGUUUUAUUUCAGGCAAAUGGGUGACUCUAGCGGUAUGAUAGAAGUCACCGUGAAGACGUUGGACUCUCAGAGCAGGAGCUACAAAGUCAGAGGCGAGCUGACAGUAAAGCAGUUCAAGGAACACAUAGCAUCAUCAGUGGAGAUCCCAGCAGACAAGCAGAGGCUCAUCUACCAGGGUAGGGUGCUGCAGGAUGACAGGCCGCUGAGUGAAUACCAUGUAGAUGAGAAGGUAAUCCACUUGGUAGAGCGUGCCCCACCUCAGGCGACCACCUCUGGAGAUGGGGGGGUGGAUGUUUCUACCAGGGGACCAGAUGGUGGAAGCAGCAGCAGCCGUGCCUCUACCUCCCCCCAGGGUGCACCACACGAUCGCAACAGCUACGUGAUGCUGGGGACCUUCAACCUGCCGGUCCACAUCAUGGACCCUCAGCAGAUCCAGAUGUCUGUUCAGCAGAUGAUGACGGGAGUCGGUGAAGCUGGAAGGAACUCAAGGGGCGGCACCAGCUCUCGGAGCAAUGGCUCGGUGGAUGUGCGGAUCAACUUGGACCAGUCAGUGCAGAGUGAGCCCAGGAUGAGGCUGCAGCUGGCAGAAAACCUGCUCAGAGACGCUCAAGCUCUGAUCCACAGGCUGGAGGGAGAGUCCAGUGACAGCACAUCCCAUUCACAGCCAGAGGUCCCUCAGUCCUUUUCCUCCUCAGUUAGAGGGACUGUAGCAUCCCAACUCAUGGAGACCAGCUCCCCUGCUACUCCAUCAUCCUCCACCUCAACCCAGGCCGAGGGAUCAGCCAACACUGUGCCCAACCACCCCAGUCCAGCAGAGCUGGUGGAGGUUCUGUCUGAGGUCAGGAGGGUGGAGGAGAGAUUACGGCCCUUCUUAGAGAGGACCCACUCAAUACUCGGGGCAGCCACUACAGCGGACUACAACAACAAUACCCAGGAAAGGGAGGAGGACCAGCACCUUCUCAACCUGGUCGGAGAUGCCCUGCGUCUCCUUGGCAACGGCUUAGUUAUGCUUGGUGACCUACGUUGUAACUUGGCAACCUCUCCUCCACGUCCCCUAUACGUGGCUCGUCCAAUGGCUCUGCUCCCACCUGGUCUGCCUCACAUGGCCGUUCCAAUCAACUUUGGGACAACAGUGACCAUGACAUCUAAUGGGAGACCGACAGCUGAAGGACCACACCAGCCGCCUCACAGCACUGGCCAAUCGGAUCAGCCUCCUCUGUCCGAUGGGACCAGUCCCCAACAAGAACCGGGAGGACCCAGAGUAAUCAGGAUCACCCACCAGACCAUGGAGCCUGUGGUCAUGAUGCAUAUGGCCCGUGAUGGUGAGGCAGCUUCUGGGUCUGAGGUCCCAGGACAGCCGAACACUGCAGGUACUGCCCAGCCCGGAAUACCCCCUGAGUUCAUGCAGGCCAUCGUGCACCAGAUGUCCCACCAAGCUGCUGACAUGGCCCCUGCUGUGUCAGCUGGCCCCCCAGCACAGGUGGAGCCCGUCCCUAGCCCAGCUUCUAACGUGGAGGGAGCUGCUUCCCCACAGCCCCCUCACCCUGCUGGGACGAGGGUUGUCAUCAACAGACCAUCCUUCUCCCCUCACAUCCCUCAACCUGUAGGACCGCGAGGAACCACCAUCUGCCUGAGGGCCACAGUACCCACAGCUAGUCAGCAGCUGGAACAGGGCCCCCCUCCGGCUCCCUCCUCCCUUACCCAGAUGAUCAGUGGUCUGGUUGGACAGCUCCUGAUGGCGGGUCAGCCAGUGGACCCCAUGUCCACAUCCUCUCAGUCCUCUAUCUCUACCUCGUCCUCCACGGCGUCUCCCUCCAUUCCCUCUGCCAACACCUCCGGACAGACAUCCACCCACACCACCAACACUCCCUCCACUGGCCAGCCCACAGAGGGAAGUCCUGAAGGACAUCUGGCCCAGCUGCUGGGCUCUGUGCUUGGUGGAGCAGCUCCGUCCAUCACUGUGACACUUCCGGCCUUCUUCCAGGGCCUUUCGGACUUCACACAGCCAGCUGAGCGUCAAGCUACCGCCCCAGUCCUCCCUCAGUCCACUGGUCCCCCUCCAACUCUGGCCAGCGGCGGUUCAGGUGGGGACUCUCUGAGCCCAGAGCUGUUCACUGGCAUCGUGCAGGGAGUGCUGUCCACCAUGAUGAGCUCUCUGGGGGCCCAGCAGGGCAACGGAGAGAGCAUCGCCCAGUUCAUCCAGAGACUGUCCCAGACCAGCAACCUUUUCUCUCAGGGCUCUGGAGACGCUGUGGGGUUUUUUGGUGACCUUCUGUCUGUGGUAUGUCAGAGCUUCUCCAUGGUAGACAUGGUCUUGCUGCUUCAUGGGAACGCCCAGCCUCUGAGUCGCAUCCAGCCCCAGCUCACUGACUUCUUCAAUGAGCACUACCUGCAGGGCAGAGAGCCCAGUGACGCCAACAUUGAGACAGCAGCCGAGCAGCUGAUUAACGGAUUGGAGGAGUACAUAGCGGAGAGCUUUGCCACAGUGACAGUGCGGGACGGAGUGGACAUCGUUCAGACCAACCUGUCUUUCCUCAGACAGCAGUUCACGCAGAUGGCCUCUCUCAUCCUGCACCCCAAUGAUAUCACAUUUGGCCCCCGCCUGCUGCUGCUGUGCACUCAGGGCCUGUUUGAGUGUCUGGCUCUGAACCUGUACUGCCUCAGAGGAGAGCAGAGAUGUCUGACGACCGUCAUCACCCAGCGCCUUAGGAGGAUGUUUGCAGAAGUCAAUCCCAGUUUGGUCAAUUGGCUGACCAGUAUGAUGUCUAUGAGGCUGCAUGUGAUUCUGGAACACAAUCCGGUGACUGAGGACCACAUCCAGCACUACGUCAUCUACACACAGAUGGAAGACAGUUUGUCUCUGGGUCCAGCCAACACAGCAGAGGAGGCCCCUGGAGAGAGGGAAGCACCUCCUGGAGUAAACCCGGCCUUACCAGGGGACAGGCCAUGUCCUGCCUGGGGCCCGACAGGCCGGGAGGGGGCGGCGCCUGGGGCGGAGUCAUGGGCAGCAGCUGUUCCACCUGAAUGGGUUCCCAUCAUCAGACAUGACAUGCUGUCUCAGAAGAAGAUCAAAUGCCAGCCGCCGCUGUCCGAUGCCUAUCUGCAGAGCAUGCCUGCCAAGAGGAGGAAGAUGACCCAGUGUGAAGGGCCACACCUGUCCCUGUCAGACGCAGUGUGUCGGGCUGCUCGAGCUGCAGGAGCCCAGCCUGUCACUGACCCAAACCGCCUGCAGGGGGAGCUGGAGACACCCGAGUUGCAGGAAGCAUACACCCAACAGGUUAAGAGUGACAUCGGAGAGCGGGUGAGAGACAAUCCAAACUACAACACGCAGCGAUUCCCCAACACACACCAAGUUUUCUCUGUCCAGGACUGCUAAUCGUCCUCAGCACUGUGCGACCAGCAGCUACACAACAUGCACUCAACAGACCACCUGCACCAUGGAACUCUGGUCAAUGUAGUGUGCUAUCAUCCCAUUGUAUCCUCAGAAUUCAAUGAAUGGUUCCCCUUUUGGUCAGAAUGGAACCCGCUGACUGGCUCCAUAGCAUAGGGUGACGAGCUAACUGGUUCAUUUCCUUUGGACACCUUGGAGAAACAAAUGAUGGAGUAGCUUAGUGAAAUGCCAGGAUACUUCACAGAGAAUAAGAAAGUAACAUAACAUGUUAUACUAUAAUAUAAAUAUAAGAGUACAGGUGUAAAAUUGUGAAUGUGUUAGGAUUUAAAUCUUACUUAAAUACAAACCCUUAAGACAAAGCCUUAAAAAAUUCCGAGAAAUACUAAUGGUCCCUUGUAGUAACUGGUCACAUUGUGUCAACACGUCAUUUGCACAGACUAUUAUUAGCUUGUACAUAUAUGGGCUGAAGAUGUACAUCAUGCACAAUCAACGUACUCUACCUUUUAUCCAAAUAUUUCCAAAUAUUUAUAGUAUCUCCCUAUAUUUAUCUUCCUGAUACUACAUUGUGGUUCUAUCAUGUGCUGAAAAUGUUGCAUUCUAUAUCUGUACAAGGAAGAAAUGCAAAUAAUUGGAAAUUGUUCAUAGUAAAGUGAUAUCCGAGAGCUCUGAGGCUCCAUUCAAACUGAAUGUCUGCUUUGUGCUUGUUAAUGUAACUGGAAUAAAUUGAUUCAUGAAGA